UGUUUGUUUGUUUGUUUGUUUGUUUGUUUAAAGUUGUUGCCUUUGCUGUGUGUGCACCUACAAACCCAGCAGAGUUUGAUGUAGCUGGUCUUUAAUGUUAUGUCCCCAUAACUCUCCAGUUUGGAUGCUGUAUGAGGUACUUUCAUCAUACCUGUGACUAAACGGCCAUUAUUUUGGCUUAUGGUUUCAGCAUGUCAAGGUGGAGAAGGCAUGGCCUAUCUAAGGGGCCGGCAUGGCACAAGCACUUCACAUCCUGGGGUAAAUGGAAAGCAGAGAACUCAGCAAUAGGCUAUAAUCCUCAAAGGCCAGCCCCAGUGACCCACCUCCACCGAUCAGACCCCCAACCACAAACACACCACCAGCAGCCGGGAACCAGGUGUUCAAACCCAUGAACCCGUGUGGGACGUUUCGGGUUUAAGCUGUCACAGAUGCCUAAAAAAACGCAUGCUUCCUUCAGGUGAGUGUCUAAAGGUGAGGCUGCUGGGAACUCCGGUGUGCCUGCGUAUCUCAGACAAUGCCAAACGUUUUCCCAAAGUGCUAGCUACCCAGUUCACACUCUUGAGAGUCCCUCAUCCAUAAAAUUCCCUGGACCCUUGGAACUGGUGUGUGUUUAUCUGGCUGUUCCUUUGGGUAUUCAGGCUUUUUGAGGCUCUCACACUCCUCCUUAUCCUCCAACCACUCCCUCUGACUGUCGUUAUUCCCAGGGGGCAUAACCAACGCGUGGCCAAGUUUUCACCUUAAGAUGCCUGAGUGGAUGAGUAAAUAUAAACCAGUUCCCAAGCUCUCCAGUCAGUCUCCUGUCCAUCAUACCAACCUGAGGACCCAGCCUUCAGGCAGAGCCUUUAAGAAAGAAGACUUAAGUCAGAUUUCAAAAGACUCCUUAGAAUCAGAUUCGGAAAGCCUCCCCCAAGAGAUUAAGGCCCAGUCCAAAGUUGAGGACCAAAUCCAGGACAAAAAUAUGGAGCCUGACAGCUUAGAAGAGGACAGCCCUGACCAAGAUAGCCUGAGUGAGCCAGAAGAGGAAGUGAACAGAAUAGCAGCCCACGGGGCCAACAAGGAAGACCUGGGAGCCCGAGGUGGUGUGACUAACAGCCAUCAUCAUGUAGACGACAAAUAUUCAGACCUCCGAUAUGAUCCCAACUGGAAGAAUAAGAAAGAGGAGGAGCCGCCAUUGCCUGGGUCUGCCCAUAGCUCUUCAGAAAGCCUGCCUCUGGCUCCACUCUACCCUUCCAGGGAGCCGUCAAUGGGACUCUCAGCAGGGAAAGGCCAAGAGAAGAGGAGUCCUCAGAGUGAAGCCUCCUUGCUUGGAAGUGAGUUCCUAAGCCCAAACUAUGAGCGUGGCACCCGCCAAAACGAGUCCUUUUCAGAACUAAGCGACAGUGACCAGGAGAAGUCCAGCAACCUCUCUCAGUACCUGAAGAGCUCAAGUUCACACAACGAAGUGUUCCUGCCAGGAUCACGGGGGCCCCGGAGAAGGAAGUCCAAACAAUAUUUUGUGGAAAAAAACAAGCUGACUCUGGGAUUACCUGCUCCUAAAACAGACUCUUACCUUCAACUUCACAAUAAAAAAAGAGGAGAGACUCACCUCGAACAGAUCUCCUACCCCAUCAGAGACGCUGGCAAGAUGGCUGUCCAGAAUGACAAAGAGGUGGAAAACGCUUCCAUGGAUCCUGAGGACAAAUGGCAUCAGAGAGCAAAACAACUCAAGAAUUACCAAGAACAUUUGUCUCAAUAUGAAGAUAGAAAAUCAGGCAAUGUCCCAAGAGGCCACUCUUCCAGUGCAACCAAUGGGCCACAACCUUCCAGAAGAACAGGCAAGGCCAGGGUUCGGAAACAGAAGAAGCACCAGAAUGGCCCAAAAUCUCUUGGGAUCAAAGAGCUCCUUUUCAGUCAAAAAAGCCAGAAUUACCCUGUCCAACAAGCACAAAACCAAAGGCAGCCUAUGGAUGCCUCAGCAAAGCAUGGGAUGGCCACAUAUAUGAACUCUUCUAACACCGACUUACAGGACUCCAGAACACUCACCCACAAUCCCAAAGUCACCUCCAACAUGUUCGUUCCACCCAAGCAGGCUUUCGACAGAGUAUUGUAUAAAAACUCUGUCUUGGGGCUGAACACUAAUAAAAAAAGAGGGCACAGACAUGAAGAAGAACAAAGCUCUUUGUAUAAGCAGCAGCCCAUCUACAUUCUUUCUGAUAUGGAUCUGCAAGAUGUCAAUGAACCUUCUCACAGACACGUGUCCCUGAGCCAGAAAGGCCCUCAGUCUGGUUAUGACGUGAACACACCCAGGUCAACGAAGAUCAAGAAGCCAUCCAAACAACCGCAGGCAGAGACAAAAUACAAGAACAUAGAGAUGCUAUGGAAAUUCCACUCUUCCUCAGACAUGGAACGCAUGAAUGCCUCUCCAGACUCCCGGCUCGCCCAGAUCAUGGAACAGCACCAGCAAGCCUUGGUGCAGCUGGCGGAAGUGCAGCCCAGCGAGGGCUCCUUGUCCAGCACCACACUCCCGCCCAUACUGUCCAGGGUAGAGAGUGAAUCCCAACUGGAUGCAGAGAGAAGCCGCCGACACCAGAUGAAGAUGGCCCGCAGUAAUUCGGAAGGCUACCUGCUUCAGCUGGAAAGAGGGAGAAGACACAGGAAGCGCAGCGGGACAAAGAGUUCCAAGGUGAAAGGUUAUCAGAAAAAGGAAGUGAAGCUUGGAGGCCUGGGACCUGACUUGGAGUCCGUCAGAGACAAAAUGCAAAAAUUAAUACAGCAAAAAGAAUACGCGAAGCAAGUUCAGGAAUACAACACGAAGACACUGUCCCUCCUGUCCAAACCACAGGCAGCAAAAACUGAGAGGAAAUCAGUGCUCUCUCGGCAGAAGGCUUUGGAAUACGCUAAGACCAUCCCCAAACCCAAACCACCAAAUCUGACUGAUCAAGCAGCAAAGAAGAAUAAGAAGUCGAGGAAGGGUGAACGAGAAGGAAGCUUGCCGGAAAUCUCCCUGCUGGAGAUCCUGCAGAGCAGGCACGAGAGGGAAAAGCAGGCUGUGGCCGCUUUCAAAGUCCUUCACAUCGUCUAGACAGCAUUUGGUGGGGAUCAAAGCCGCCAUGAAAGGGACACGGAGAACAGAAACCAAACAAUUCCAUCUACGCUGAGUGGUAACCUGGCACUGUCACCUGCCCACCCCCCACCCCCCACCCCACCCCCGCCAUCUGCUCUCUGCAGAAGUUAGUGUGGGGCCCAGUCAGACACCGGACAUCUUGACCCUUCUGGAUAUAAAAAUACAUAUUUUUAUUUAUUUUCAAACCUGUUAGAAUUGGGGCUAAUAGAGAGCUAGACAAUAAAGCCACUGGUUUAUAUUGGA